UGAUUCUUUAUACAGUGGAGAAGCAAGCAGAACAUUACCAACCCCAUCCUUCAUCACAAAGCAAACAUCUUUUCUUUUUCAUUAAAUGUAAUAAUAUAGUUUUCUUUUUUUUACUUUAUUUUUCCUUGCCUUUUUUUCUUGUCACCUUUUAUCUGUAACACUUUCUCUCUCUAAAUUCUCAAGUAUCCUUUUAUUCCAAUUCCAUGUGCAUUGUCUUUUAAGCAGCGCCACUGUAUGAAUCUCAUCAAAAAUCCAUUUGAGUCCUCUUCCUAAAACCCAGAAAACGUCUCCCAUUAAAAUGGCUGAAGCAGCUUCUAAGUACCUGUUCUUGUUCUUCUUUUCGCUUCUCGCUCUCUGCUCUUCUGGAACUCAGAUGGGUUUCUCUUAUAAUGCCAGAGGGAUCAUUGCAGCUUCAUCACUUAGCAGAACACUAUCAUUCCUUAAGCUGAACAAGGUUUCUGGAUCCCUCAUUCGAGUUUUCGUUGCAGAUCAUAGGGUUUUAAGCACACUUUCCAAUUCUGGUGUGUCUGUUGAUUUUUCCUUGAAUGAAAGUCUAGUCGAGGAUUUUGCAAAUUCUAGAUCAUCUGCUAUUUUGUGGCUGAAAACCCAUGUAAUGAGCUUUCUGCCUCAAGUUAACAUUAGAAGUGUCACUGUAAGCAGCAGUAAUGACUUGUCCAAGCUUUCAUCUUCCUUGAAAUUGAUACAUUCAGUUCUUAGUAGUUCUCAAUUUAAUAGUGAAGUUAACGUCUCAGUAGCAUUUUCAUUGUCAUUCUUGGAGAAUUUGAAUGGAACACAAGAAAAUGACCUGCUUAGGGUUUUAGGAUUUAUCAAGAGAACUAGGUCCUUUAUGAUUGUAGAAGGAAGUACUGAUAAUGGUUUAGAAUUGAGCAUGGGAGAUCUUUUCCUGAAAUCAAUGAUCCAGAAAGCAAAGCUUAUUACUUCUAUACUUCCUUGUAAUGAUGUUACUAUAGUCAUGACCGUUAAGAGCCUUAUAGAUCCUAGUGCAAGAGAAUUAGCUGAAUUUGCAGCUAAGUCCUCAAAUUCAUUACAGAAAACUAAGAUUUCAGGUCAGAUAACUGAGAUAUAUGCAGAAGUAUCUUCCGUCGAAGAUUUUGUGGAAAAAGAGCUUAAGAGAGAACAUGAACAAAUCUUUCUUUUGUCUCGCCGAGAACUCUUGAAAGCUACUUCACAUGACGCAAUCAAUCCACCAGUGACUGUUCCCCAAGAUAAGCCCACACCAAUUGUCACUGUCCCUGCUACUAAUCCUGUCACUAUAACACCAGCUAAUUCUGCAUCCACUCCAGUACCAAUCCCUUCCACCACACCUGUUAUGGUUCCCCCUACAAAUCCUUCUGUUAAUACCCCACCACCAAUCACCAAUCCGGUCACAACACCAGCACCUGUCACAGUUCCUGGGGUGCAACCAAUAACUAAUCCUGUGACAACAUAUCCUGCCCCACCAGGAAACGUUCCGGUCACAACUCCAGUCACGAAUCCUGUGUCGCCUCCUGCAACAACAAAUGCUCCAGCAAUUCCAGGACAGAGCUGGUGUGUGGCCAAGCCUGGAUCAUCGGAAACUGCACUUCAAUCAGCAUUGGAUUAUGCAUGUGGAAUGGGAGGUGCUGAUUGUUCGCAGAUCCAGCAAGGUGGGGGCUGCUAUAAUCCUAACACCCUACAAAACCAUGCCUCAUAUGCAUUUAACAGCUAUUAUCAGAAGAAUCCUGUAGCAACCAGCUGUGAUUUUGGAGGGACAGCCACUGUAGUCAACAAUAAUCCAAGCACUGGUUCGUGUGUUUUUCCAUCAUCAUCAUCAUUGCCAACUCCAACUCAAACACCAUCAACUUCAACUACAAAUCCAGCAACAACACCAUCGUCUCCAGGGGUUGGAACAUCAGGAACUGUUACUCCACCAUCAGUGUUAAACUCUAGCAGCUCAGGUACCGCAACAGGUUUUGGGUCGGAAACCCCUCCUGGUUUCAACACUUCCACAUCCAAGUCAGCUACUAUGCAACCAUCAAUCAGGAGCAUCAUUCUGAUAACGUUCUUCAUUGUCAGAAUAAUUAUUCUGGACAUGUAGAAUGAAGCAUUUCUCAGUGUACAUUCAUUAGUUGGAAGUUCAUGCUUGCACAGCAGAUUAGAGUUGCAGAUACUCCCAUCUUUAAAGAAAGAGAAACAGAAGAUGAAAUCCUCAAGGUUGAAUUAUAACACGUAAAUCCUUCUAAAGAUUAACCAGCUGCUUCAGCUUGCACAGGAUGUAAAGAUGUUUAUUGCUCAAGGUACAAUUUAAUUUUCCACAUGAAACAUAAUCACAUGUUUAAUGCUAGGCUGCUGUUACCAGUAAAAGUAAUGAGGUUGGAUAGUAGUGUAAAAGGGCAAUUUUGCUCCUGUAAAUCUUUUAAAUGUAGCAGAGUUUCUACUUUAACUUAUGUAUCACGUUUGCUUAAUCCAGUUAAAUGAACUUGCAUUAGACA